GUGAGUGGACACGCGUAAGAGACCGCGGAGGAGAAGACGCAGCCGAGGACGGGGACAAGUUGUAUUCGUCUUCUGCAUGCUGGGCUGCUGCUGCUGCUGCUGCUGCUGAUGAUGCGUGUGUGUGUGGGUGUGUUAGUCCCCUUGGAUGAGCACACACACGGCUGAGGAUGCAGCUGGGAGCAUGAGUUCUGACCGAGAGGAGUAUGACAUGGUCUGUCAGAAAGCUGUGACCCUAAUUGUUGACCUUUGCCUCCACAACAGUUCACUGUUGGAUCAAGACACCUGUAAGGAUUACCUCUUCCUGUUGUCCAGCCACAGCUCAGACCGCAAAGAACUGGGCGCUUCUUUUGGCCUCCUCGUCUUUGUGUUUGCGUUCUGCGGCCUGGCUCUGCUGGGCCUCCUUACAUUCGUCUCUUGGAAGCUGUGCCGUGCGUCUCGGCGAGCUAAGGCCCGUCUGCCCGGUCCCCCGCCCGCGCCGGCCCGCGACCUAGAGGACUGCCCGUUCCAGACGCCUCCCUGUCUGCCCAGCCCCCAGCAGCCACCGGUCACCAUGGCGACGGAGAAGGUGAAAGAGCCCAUGGUUUCGAUGGGCUUCCUGGAGGCAGCGGUGAAGAUAAGCCGCACGUCUCCCGACAUCCCCGCCGAGGUGCAGCUCUCCAUGAGGGAGCACUUCCUGCGGCGCACGCAACGCAUGCAGAGGCAAACCACGGAGCCGGCGUCCUCCACUCGGCACAAUUCAUUCAAAAGGCACCUGCCCCGACAGAUGCAGGUAGGCAGUCUCGACUUGGGCAACGAUUACAUGGUCGACAACGACGAAACGUCGACCAGCAUCGGCCGCAUCCAGCCAGAGCUCUACCAACAGAAGGCCGUGGAAUCAGAGGAUUCAUCCAAGAACAGCAGCAGCAAAAACUGCGGCAGGAUCAACAUCUCUCUCAAGUACGACUAUGAAAACGAGGCCCUCAUAGUCAACAUCCUCAAGGCGGCGGACCUACCUGCCAAGGACCUGUGCGGCACGUCUGACCCUUACGUGAAGGUCUACCUGCUGCCCGACCGCAAGAAGUUCCAGACUCGCGUCCACCGGAAGACGCUCAACCCCUCAUUUGACGAGAGCUUCCAGUUCCCGGUGCCUUACGACGAGCUCGCGGUCAGGAAGCUCCACAUGAGCGUCUUUGACUUUGACAGGUUUUCGAGGCACGACAUGAUCGGGGAGGUGGUGCUGGACAACUUGUUUGAGACAUCGGACCUCUCCAGGGAGACGAACGUAUGGAGGGACAUCCAAUAUGCCACCAGCGAAAGUGUUGACCUCGGAGAGAUCAUGUUCUCACUGUGCUACCUGCCCACCGCAGGCAGACUCACACUUACUGUCAUCAAGUGCAGGAACCUCAAGGCCAUGGACAUCACUGGAUACUCAGAUCCCUACGUCAAGGUAUCGCUCAUAUGUGACGGGAGACGUUUGAAAAAGAAGAAGACGAGCAUAAAAAAGAACACUCUGAAUCCCACCUACAAUGAGGCCAUCAUCUUUGACAUCCCUCCAGAUAGUAUGGACCACGUCAGCCUGCACAUCUCUGUCAUGGACUACGACUUGGUAGGUCAUAAUGAGAUCAUCGGUGUGAUGAGAGUUGGCUGCCACGCCGAGGGACUCGGCAGGGACCACUGGAACGAAAUGCUGGCUUAUCCGCGCAAGCCCAUUGCGCACUGGCACCCCCUGCUGGAGUCCAAGAAGUCCGAGAAGGAGUGGAAGGCGAGGACGGCCAGCUUUGACAGCCAAGGCUCCUGCCCUUCACCCAGGCCCCCUGCUAGUCCCUGAGCGGGGCCACCUGUGACCCGGCACCCCAGAAGGGGGGGGUUUCCUCCCUCCCGCUGAUCCGCUUCCCGUCUGUCCGAUUGAGCAGAACACAACCCCGCUGUCACUCUCUGUCUCUCCCACUGUCCCCCCACCUCCCCACAGUCCCUCCCCUCCCUCCAAGUCUCGUCCCAGAGCACUCCCAAGAACUGAUCCAGGACCACCGUCAAGUCAGUUAGUUGUGCUAAGUGCAGUCUUUUUGGGGGUCUUUAGGGUUUGAAAUGUGGGGGCGUUGAGAUGAACCAGAGCUGCCCUCGUUGUCCUCGGAAGAGAUUGGCUGGACGUCCAGUCUGCAGACAUUUCGAAUUGAGCUGUCCAAGCUGAGUUGCACGAGUCUUAGUGUCACAUGGAGACUUGUUGGACGCUGAAGAUUUAGCUUUGUGCAGCAGAGACUUUCUGUUGGAAGACCUGGACGUCAGAUUUGGCUCCAGGAGAGCAGCAGAGGUUUCACAGCAGAAGCUUCAAAGAUGCAGCAACAUCUGGGGUGGAAAAAUAUCUGAAGCAAUUUCAAACCAACUUUCCCUCAUUGAAUUGAAAAGUGCUGUAUUGGAAAAAAAACUGUAGCAUUCGCAAAACUAUUAGAAGGGAAACCACUCCAAUUGUCGUUUGUGUUUAUGAAUAGCAAAACUGAAAUGAAUUUCAAUGCGCCGAGUGAGCUCGCUGUACUUCCAGUGUCAUCAUGACAUGAGCAAUUAUCUGUUCCGCGGCUCAUCUAGAAGAGGUUGGAGCAGCAGAAACUAAAAUAUUCUAAUUUUGCAAGCAGCCAAGAGAAUAAAUUGUAUGUCAGGAAGAAGGUUUGACAGGAUUAUUGGUACUCGCAUGAGAGCAAGUUGACUGCAGUGUAGAGGUGUUAAAGUUUAAAGGCACAAAUGGUGAAUAAACUUGAACUGAAAAGAAAAGGGAACAUUGACAAAAAUCUUGCUUUUUGUCAAUGGAGCUCUGUACAGGGAACAGGGAACUUGUGAGCACACUUAAGACACCCUUACCUCCUUCUCUAUUUAAUGUUUGCUUUGGAGCGAUCCCACGCUUUUCUUCCAAAUGGAAACUCGUAGGCACUCAUGUUUUCCUUCAGACAAAUACUGUUCAAAAGCGCUUCUUUCUCUAUCUUCUCGUUCUGACAGGUUUUGAUGGAUGUCUAUAGUUUCAUGUACAGCCGUCUGCCGGUAAACGUAUGUACGUUUUGUUUUUCUAAGAAGAAAAAAAUAUAUAUAUGAUUAGAAGUUUGUGAUUAAAAAAAGAAGAUUUCCAUUUUGAAUAUAUUUAGCUUUGGUGGUGGGGAUGAUUGAGAAUAACUCGUCUUUUGGACUUCAAAACAUGCAACCUUCUGGAUGUUUAUGUCACUUAUCACACUGUUGUAGAGGGAGAACGUUUGUUUUAAUUUAUUUUGUAGAUGUUUGAUG